GUGCCAAAGAUCAAAAGCGGAAUGAGCAGAUUACUUACAGCUCAUGCACGGGAACUGGAAACUCGCCGAAGGGAGGCAGAGGAGAGAGAGCGGAGGAAGCAGAGGGAGGUGCAGCUGGAACUGGAAAGACAGCUGAAAGAGGCUGUGAUGAUAAAAGACAGCAUGCAGGCUGAGAUGCAGGUGAAGGAAAAGGAGGCUGAACAACAGAAGAAGAGGAUCAGGGAGCUGGAGCUGACACAGCAGCAGCUGGAAGUUGCCCUUAAUAUGGAGAUCCAGGCUCGGCUGGAGGAGGAGAGGGCCAGACUGGAGCUUGAGCGGUUGCUGCAGGCUGAAGAUGAAAAGAGGAAACAUUUCCAGCUCCUCCAGGAGCAGCAACGUACAAUGCAAAACCUCAGCCCCAUACAGGAGCUGUCAGAUGGCAGUCCCGAUGAGGACACCCCCUCGGCCCUCAACUCUGCCUCUCAGGAGCUCCAGGAUCUGCAGGCAUCUCGCCAAAGAAGUCACCAGCGUCUGGAGGAGGUUCAGGAGAGGCUGAGGAAUGCCAGUCAACAGGUACGGCACUGGAACAUCCAGCUGAACCGACUGAUGACCCCCAUUACUCCUGCAGAGCGACUGGAAAGCCGGCUGUUAUCAAAGCCCACAUGCCCUAAAAAGGAGGACGCGCUGGCCAGUAAUGAGUUCAUCACUAAGUUUAAGAUAAGAGUUGAUCAGAAUAGAGGCGAUGAUGAAAGUCUGGAGCAUCAGUUGGAGGCUGCCAACCUGUCUGAUGAAUCGUUCGAGGCCCAGACAGAAGUCAACGGACAAAUAUGAUCACAGACAUUUUAAAAACGCGAGUUGAGAGUU